AUGUCUGGAGUGUGGGGUUGGUUUGGGGGGCAGAGUGCCCAGAAGAAGAAAGAUUCCCCUAAGAAUGCCAUCCUUGGAUUAAGAUCGCAGCUUGAGAUGCUGCAGAAGAGGGAGCGACAUUUGCAAAAUCAGAUGGAUGAGCAAGACGGCAUCGCCAGGAAGAACGUGAGCACUAACAAGACCGCCGCAAAAGCAGCCUUGCGCCGCAAGAAGCAACACGAACAUACCCUUGAACAAACAACUGCUCAAGUAGCGACCCUCGAACAACAAAUAUACUCGAUCGAGGCGGCGAAUAUCAACAGGGAGACUCUUCUCGCCAUGGAGAAAGCCGGUGAAGCGAUGCAAGCUAUCCAUGGCAAGCUUAAUAUUGACAAGGUCGACGAGACAAUGGAAAAACUCCGAGAACAACAUGCGCUAGGUGAAGAGAUUGCUACUGCUAUUACAAGCGCACCUAUUGGCGAACCUAUCGACGAGACUGAGUUGGACGAUGAGUUAGCGGAGCUUGAGCAAGAGCAACUUGAUGAUAAGAUGCUGCAGACGGGAGCUGUUCCUGUCUCAGAUGAGAUACAUAGAUUACCGGCUGGUGUCAAUGGAGAGAUCAAAGCCCCUAAAGGCAAAGCACCUGUACAUGCUGAGGAGGAGGAUGAAGAGGAAGAACUACGGAAGCUGCAGGCUGAAAUGGCCAUGUGA